AUGUCCAGUGCUGCUGCUCCUUAUUUGUCUGUUCCAUUGCCAGGUUCAUUGAAGCAUAUCAAGAACACUUUGCAAAAGGCUGAUGAGCUAUACAGGUUCAACAAGAAAUUGAUAUCCUAUUUCUGUGGGUUGUAUUCUACCCAAGAGUUGAUCUCCAUAAUAACCAGCUACAGCAACGAAGAUACCCCUUCAAACGAACCAAAUAACGAAUCAAACAAUAAUUAUAAUUUGGGCACUUCUGAUUUUAAGAAUGUUGAAAAAUUAACUAUUUUAUUAUUAGAAUUUUUAGAAAAGGAAAAAUUAAAUAUUAUUAAACAAAGCGAAAUUGAUGAGCAACAGAACCUUCAAUUCAGGGAAAAUUUAAAGAAAAUAAAAAAACAGGCUAGAGAAAAUAAAAAAAAAAAACAAAUUCAGAAAAACAAAGUUGAAUUAAUUGAAUUAGAAGAUGAAAAUUUGGAAAGUGCUAAUAAAAAUGAUCAAGACAAAAUGACUGAAUGGAUAGAAGAUCAGAUCAAAAUAAAAAGAAAUAAAGUAGACGAAAACAAAGAAGGUGAGAUAAAUGAUGAAGGUGAUAAAGAAGUAGAAGAAGAAAAUGAUGACGAUGACGAUGACGAUGAUUUAUUUAAUAAUGAACCUCCAUCAGAGAACAAAAUCCUAUCAAGUGAUGUAUUGAGUAAAAAUUUCAUUUUACAAUUUGCUGAUAAUAUUUUAAAUUCAUGUAUUAAACAAAUUGAUAACAAAAGCAUAACUAGGGCUACACCUCAGUCUUUAUUAGCUUCUUCAACAUUUUUAGAAAUUGCUAAAAAGUUGUUUCCAGAUUCAAUGGUUUUAAAAAACAGUGAUUAUAACGAAAAUAAUAAUAAUAAUAAUAAUAAUAAUAAUAAUAAUAAUAAUAAUAAUAAUUUUGAUAUUGAAAAUGAUUUAAAUAAAGAAUUUCCAUUAAUGAUGGAUGACGAAAUCGUUUUCAAAAUUAAAUAUUGUAAAAUAAUUGCAAUAAAGAUUUUAAAAAUUUAUAAACAAAAUUUAAAUCCAAAUGAUGAAUCGUUUUUUGAAGAGUUUCAAAGUAUGUUAGUUAAUAUUAGACCAAUUUCGAAUGAUGAAAUCAACGAUACCAUAAAGAAUUCUUUAGAGUAUUUGAGUGAUGGUGAUGGUGACGAUGAUAAAGAUGAUAAAGAUAAUAAAGAUGAGAACAACAAUAGGAAUACUAAUGAAUAUAAUGAAGAUAAUGAUAAUGAUGACAAAAUUUUCUCCUUACCAAAAGUUCCAUCAUCUCCCAAAAGAGAUUUUUCAUUGUCUGAUGUGCCCUUAUCACCAAAGCUUGAUGACAUUGAAUUCCCCAAACCUUCUGCAUUUCCAAAAGCAAAGUUGCCUACUUUUAUAGAUAGUGAUGAUGAUGAUUUUUCCAAUGACAAGUUAGAAGAUAUUCAUGUUAAUAAUAAGAAUAGUAAGAAAGUUGAAUAUUCUGCAGAACAGAUAAAACAGCUAAUGGAUGAUGAUGAAUUGAUCACUACAGCACAAAAGUAUUCAAAGUUUGCAAUCAGUGCACUAAACUACGACGAUGUUGAUACAGCUAUUAAAGAACUUGAAGAAGCUUUAAAAUUGUGCAGGCAAUAUAAAAUCAGACAAAAUUUGUAG